AAACAAACAUGUUAAAUUGGAAAGAUCAUAGCCUACCUUAAUUACGUCUAUAGAUUAUAACAAUUUCUUCUUGACCAAUCAGAUUUUUAGAAAUUUAUUAGUUUCAAGUAAUUAUAACAUUUGAUUUUAGUAGUGUCAAUGAGUGCAAUUAGAGUAUUAGUGUUAAUUAUUGGUUAUUAAUUUGAUUAAACUGAACGAAUUUCGUAAUAUAGCGGUGGAAGCAAUCAAAGGUAAGAUUUUCCUGAACUACAAGGACAGUGCUGUUGGGUAAACCUGAUUUUUCUAUAAACCGUUAGACUUUUAAUUCAACAAUUAAAAAUUAAUAAAUAAUUUGUAUCAACAAACCAAAAAACGAAAAAAAAAUUGUGAAAAGCUUUUAAAUAUAAAUUUUCUUCUCCAAAUUUUUAAACAAAAUCGGAUUUUAUAUUAAAAUUAGUUCCCUAUAAAUUACGGGUACUGGCUCGAAGUUGCUCUAACGUAGUGGACUUAGAGUCUGUAUUAUGGAGAUGAUCAUGUGAUGUAUGAGACCGAUGUUAGUUAUGAUUGUGUUUUAUCGAUACCGCCGGGUUUUUCGGUAACUUCGGUCGCGUUUCGAAUGUUUAUGGAGGCAAAUAGAAGUCCAGAGGCGACCAUGGAAAAGGUGAAGAUAUCCACCACGAAACGAAAAAUGUAAGAAGGAUGAUCCUUGUUAAGACUCGAGUCUUAUCUUCCCAGUUGGUGAUUGCGUGGUUGCUGCUGGUAGCUGCAUUGUGUUCAUUUCUCGAGAAUACAGCAGCUUACCAACCGGAAUUCGCCGAGCCCAUAGUCAAUAUUUCAGUUCCUCUAGGAAGAGAUGCUACAUUUCGUUGUUUGGUACAUCAUCUAGGAGGAUACAGGGUGGGAUGGGUGAAAGCGGACACUAAGGCUAUCCAAGCCAUCCACGAUCACGUCAUAACUCAUAAUCCUAGAGUCAGUGUGUCGCACAAUGAUCAUAUUACGUGGAAUCUGCAUAUAAAGAAUGUCCAAGAAGAAGAUGGUGGACAAUACAUGUGCCAGAUCAAUACGGAUCCAAUGAAAAGUCAGGUCGGGUACCUUGACGUAGCCGUACCUCCCGAUUUUAUUCCAAAAGAUACCUCCGGGGACGUUAUGGUCCCCGAAGGAGGAACUGUUAAGUUGACUUGUAGAGCCCGGGGACAUCCGGAUCCCCAUGUGCAGUGGCGGCGAGAAGACGGUCACGAUAUUGUUAUUAAGGAGCCUACAGGACUCAAAACAUCAGUAUCAUCUUAUCAAGGAGAAGUAUUGAUAUUAUGGAAAAUAUCUCGUACUGAAAUGGGCGCCUACAUGUGCAUCGCUUCAAAUGGGGUUCCUCCGACAGUUAGCAAAAGGAUUAUGGUCAAUGUUCACUUUCACCCUGUAAUCCACGUACCGAACCAACUUGUUGGGGCGCCAUUAGGCACAGACGUUACUUUGGAAUGUAAUGUCGAAGCUUAUCCGAAAUCCAUCAACUACUGGGUUCGAGAUACAGGCGAAAUGGUAAUUUCGAGUUCUAAAUUCGACGUGCAGGUAUCCAGCAAGUCCCCGUUUCACGUGAAAAUGAGUGUGAUCGUAAGAAAUCUACAAAGAGAAGACGCCGGCUCGUAUCGCUGUAUAGCCAAGAACUCCCUGGGAGAAGUCGAAAGUAAUAUUAGAUUAUACGAAAUACCAGGACCAACGAAAGGCUUCAGUUUAUCCAUCGACGAAGAAGAUUAUAACGAACAAAUCGGAUCGGCCGAAAAAGAUCAAGAAGAAGAUAAUAUAUCGAAUAACCUGGAAAAAUCCACAUCUCAACAUUCAACUGUCGAAACACCAUCCAGAGCCAACUACGUCGAUAACCAGAACGUGGCGAUUAUAGACGAGCCGAAUUCGUCCUCUUCUUCAUCAUCACGUUUUUCCGGUCGAGUUAUGGCGCGGUCAAUAGGAUAUUUCAUAUUAACGGUAGGAUUCUUUGAUGUUAUAGCUCCAGUAAUCGCGGUUCUGUUUUCCUCUAUAAUAGCGACAACGAUUUGACGAUCGACAGUUAACAAAAGGUUUUUCUAGAGACAAUAAUGUUCCUUUUUAUACAUUGUGUUUGUAACAUUUAUAUUAUUGCCGAAAGUAAUUAAUCGUAAUAGUUAUACCAUUGUCGUACUACACUCGUGAGCAAAAAAAUCGACUCGAGUUGCACGCUCGCGGCCCUAAUAACAAUCCUCGAUGCUAUAAAAUUUUUAUCAUCCCUCACCCACCGCCAGUUUCAAUAAAAACCAACUCGGUUUUUGCCUCCAUUGUAAUUUCAGACUUAUCAUCAGCGCUCUGGCUAUUUUUCGCUGAAUCUGACCUUGUCGCAAUAGGAUGCCGGCUUGAACGGCUUUAUCACACAGAACAUACCCUAAGAAGAAACCCAAACUCAGUCGCUAAUCAGUGGAAAAAACAUGGAGGAUUUUCGAUGUCAGUGCCCUCAAUGGUACGUGGCAGAACUAAAUUUGAGUCAGUUCAUAAAAAUAAUAAAAUGAAUAUUUGUGUUCAGUUUUUUUUCCAAUGCGAUUGCAGAAGUGUCGCCUGAGUCGAUUUUUUUUGCUCAAGUGUGUAUAUACAAGGUGUCACAAAAAGAUUUCGUUAUUUGUACAGUUAAUUACUUCUAGUAGUGAUUUAUACGUUUUUUGUUUGUCUUGUAUUUUAUUUUUAUCUGAUACGUGAUCAAUAAAUAUUUUAAAACAUCAAUUUUUAUCUAUUUCUGAAAUUUGAAAUCAUUUUUCACCUAGAGCAUCCCAUAAUAACUAUUUUCUCCGCAUAUACAGGGUGUUUCGCAUAAGAGCAGGAGCGUAUAGGAGAGCUCAAAAUAUAACGAUUGGGGCACAAUCUCUGAAGAGUCAUAGUGCCUCAAGGUCCAAAGACCAAAAAUUUACAACAAUGGAGAGUUUUAUUUUGAAACACUUUGUAUGCAUAUCAUUGUUCAUUGAUUGCAAUAAAAAAAGUAAAUUCAGUCACUGAAGAUGAUAAUUUGGUAAUCGAAACGCGCGUUAAACAAUGAAAUUGUGAGUGUUGGUGUAGUAUAGUGAAUUCCAACUGAAAUGAUGAAGAUUUCUACAAAUUUUUUUAAUUUGGAAGAAGCGAAACCAGAAUCCACCAAAUUACCAGAAAUUAAUCCUGACGAUUUUUUGUUUAGGAGAUUGUUGACUUUUAUAGUGCAAUGACAAAUUUAGGGUGAUUUUAACACACACAAAUCAUUGAAAAUCAUCAUUAUAAAUCUUUUAAUCAAAUUUAUUGCUUUAAAAUCCGAUACUUCAUAAUAAAUUGUUUAUUAUUUAUAUUUAUUGGUCACGUCGAUGUAUUAUGGGAAAGUGUAUGGUAAUAUAGAGGAUUGUAGUUAAGGAUACCAUAUUUGUUCGAUGCCUUAUUCAAUAGAUAGAGAAUUCAAUUAGAUUUCUAUAUUUUUUCAAAUUGAUAUUUUGUUUUAAUAUAUUGUAAAUGUUUUUGAAAAUAAUCAAUAAGUAGUUUAUUAUUUUUUUUUUGGUUUUAUUGAAAUGUCGAAUUACCACUUUCAUACAAAUUUUUUUAUACAGUCCUAGAAAAUGGUUCCACAAAUGCGAAUUAAUGGCAAAUUUCUGAUUUUUCAAAUUACUUGCAAGUGCUCGAAAUGGGUGCGGGAAAUCGCCUCCCGAGUAGGGAAGAAAAAAAUUGUCAAAAAAUAUAAAAAUCUGAAUUUUGGAAAAACUAUAAAAGUAAUAGAGAAAAACCUCAAAUCCAAGUUUAUACGAGGGUAGUCUAGAAAGUUUCGAAUGAACAAAGAAACAAGUUUCAAAAGAUCUGGUAAAUACGGUCGGUGGUGAGACGAAAAUGAAUUUUAGUUAUGGCAAUCACCAAAACAUGAGAUGGUACGUUCCCCUGAAGAAAAACAAGUUUUACAGUUUCGAAAAAAUCCUGCAAAGCAAUUCACAGAGACCUCAAUUCUACUGCAUCAUUUUGCUGCAAACCAGAAACGAACCCAGAAGCUCGCAGCACACCAGGAGCACACAGUUUCCUAGAUGAAGUCAUACGUGACAUGGCAUAAACAUGACGUCGAGGCGACGAGAUUUUGGAAUGAGACUGGUGGCAUUCUGCAUCACACCAGAAACUUGGUAAUUAUCCUCCCGUUCCUUUCAGGAACCUCAGGAUAUUAUUUGGUUCUAGCUGCCGAAGGUCUUGAUUUUCCCUUAAUUUUAGCGUGUCUUGGAACCAAUUGGAGAGUAAUUUUAUUUUUCAUAACUCAUUUAACUCGUCUAAACAUUCCAAAACCAGUUUGAAUGGCUCCUUGACUAUCGUACAAGAUGGUAAAGUAAAUAGAAGCAAAUUUAACUAUGAAAAAUUCCAAGGGCGUAAAAUUCUUUACACACAGGAUAUAAUUAAUAAUUUAAUACCGUGGGUAUUUGAAAAGACAACGCCGUACGACAGGUGUCGAGAAAUUUUUAAAAAACUUUCGUAUAUUCGAUUGUACUGAAACAGAUGUGAACGCUUCAGUAAUUAUGUAAAAAAAUAUAUAAAAACUCCCCCUCCUCGUGUACAUACUGUUACGAAAUCACUAGUUAUUGUAAAUUUUGAUUAUUCAGUUUGUAAAUAUUUAUAUUAAACAGCUUUUAAUGAAUGUACUCAAUUUGUUUUACCUGUAAUGAUUCGAUGAAAUUAUCUCGUAAAAUAAAAUCGAAAAUUUAGAUUUAGUUAACAACGAGAUAUACCCAUAAAGUAAAUUCAUUUUGAUUAUUUACGAUCCAAACAUUUACUGAAAAUAAAUAUCUCUAACAAAUAUAGGGUGUUCUAUUAAGUCUGAUUAUUAAUUAAAAUUGUUUUUCUUACAAUAUGUGUGCAACACCCUGUAUAUGUAGUUGUUUAAAUUUGGAUCGCAUAUGCAGUUUUUUCCGUAAUUUGCAAACAUUUUUAUUUUGUUUAUUAAAAAAAAAUUGCAAUAUAUUCUCAAUGAUUUAUAUAGAGCGUUUCAAUAAAAAUUAUACACACUGUAUAAAAAUCUGAAUACGCCACUUUCAUUUAAAAAAAAAUAAUUAUAUAAAGUAGGGUGACCGCUCUCCCAAUUGUUUCCAAAUGUGCGUGAAUGUUUGAAUUAUUUUAAACACAUCAAUCCAUUGGGAUAAUAUUUACACAAAUUUUCCACCGUUUCUUUGAUUGUUUUCUAUUUGAGGAUUAAGUUUCUGAAAAGCUCAGAAAUUAGAUAAGAAAAGAGAAAGAAGACUCAGAAAUUUUGAUGAAAAAAAAAAGUUCAACAGAACUGGAAACCCUGAGUACAGUCAAGGGAGACUUUUUUUCAAUUUUAGUCCGAGCCUGGCACUAAGACAAGUUGGAUCUUACACCACAAUAACACUCCGGUGAAUUGUACAAGAAUUUUUGACAUCCCAAAUCUCCUAAAAUGGUGUCAAAUCUCGAGAAAACUCACUUACUUUUAAUCAGAGAAAAGCAUGUUAAUUUUGCGUUUUCGAUGUUGCCUAAUCCAUUUAUCGACCUCCCAGAAGUCGAAACUUAAUUUGUUGUUUUUUUUUACAAUUGAUUUUCAAAAUAAAAUCGCAUUUUGUACAAAAAUAUCUUUUUCCGAGUCAUCGUACAAUUAACAGACCAUAAUCUAACUUAUAGGUCCGCUCCUCGAUCUGUUGUACGUCUUUUCCUUCUUUAUCUAUCUCCCAUUCUCCCAAAAAUUGUUACCCCAAUAAAAAAAUUUUUUCAAAUUUAUAAAUCCAUUUCAAAAAGUCGUUCAACUUGAGACUUCGAUAAAUGGAUUCCACGAAUUAGCAACGAUAAACUAAUGUGUAUUAUCAGUUAUUUAUAUACAGGGUGGAUAAUUUUCAUGAAUAUUUAUUAUAUUGUUUUUAAUUUGAGUUGAAAAUACAUGUAAUUUUAUUUGUUUAUAAUAAUAAAUGUUUUGACUGAAAUAAUAAUUAUUUAUUGUUAAAA